UGCGCAUGCGUGGCGCGCUCGCACCCCACCCUCCGGCGGGCCGUCCGCCCUUUCACCCUGGCAACCGCGGCUCGGCAGCGGAGCGCGCGCGCGGGUUGGGCGCGGACGGGCGGGAUCUCUGCGGGACCGGACGGCGCGGACGGCGGCCGAGGUUGGCGAGUCUCAAAGGCUCCUCCGGCUUCUCACUCAGCUCCGGUGACAGGUUCGACCCGGAGGGCUUAGGUCCUCGCCAUGGACUCGCAGAAAGAAGCUCUACAAAGAAUCAUUUCAACUCUGGCAAAUAAGAAUGAUGAGAUUCAGAACUUUAUUGAUACACUAAAUCACACACUGAAAGGAGUUCAGGAAAAUUCUUCCAACAUACUUUCAGAAUUAGAUGAAGAGUUUGAUAGUUUAUACUCUAUAUUGGAUGAUGUAAAAGAAAGCAUGAUUAGCACCAUCAAGCAGGAACAAGUGCACAAGUCCCAGGAGUUACAGAGUCAGCUUAGUCAAUGUAACAAUGCCCUGGAGAACUCUGAAGAACUACUAGAAUUUGCAACAAGGUCAUUAGAUAUUAAGGAACCUGAAGAAUUUUCAAAGGCUGCCAGACAGAUCAAAGAUAGAGUCACAAUGGCUUCUGCCUUUCGCCUUUCUUUGAAACCAAAAGUCAGUGACAACAUGACCCAUUUAAUGGUGGAUUUCUCUCAGGAAAGACAGAUGCUGCAAACUUUGAAGUUUUUGCCAGUCCCCAAAGCUCCAGAGAUUGACCCGGUAGAGUGUGUGGUAGCUGACAACUCUGUAACUGUAGCUUGGAGAAUGCCUGAAGAAGAUAAGAAAAUCGACCAUUUCAUAAUGGAAUAUAGAAAAACGAACUUUGAUGGCCUCCCACGCGUAAAGGAUGAGCGAUGUUGGGAAGUGAUUGAUAACAUCAAGGGUACUGAAUAUACAUUGUCAGGCUUAAAAUUUGAUUCAAAGUAUAUGAAUUUUAGAGUGAGAGCAUGCAACAAAGCUGUGGCUGGAGAGUGCUCUGACCCAGUGACCCUCGAGACCAAAGCACUUAACUUCAGUCUAGAUAACUCAUCAUCCCACUUGAACUUGAAAGUUGAAGAUUCUUGUGUAGAGUGGGAUCCCACUGGAGGAAAAGGCCAAGAAAGUAAAAUUAAAGGGAAAGAGAAUAAGGGCAGUGUCCAUGUUACUUCACUGAAGAAACACUCAAGAAGUGGCACCCCAUCCCCAAAACGGACGUCUGUAGGCUCCAGGCCACCAGCAGUAAGAGGCAGCAGAGACCGUUUUACUGGGGAAUCAUACACAGUGCUAGGAGACACUGCUAUUGAAAAUGGACAACAUUAUUGGGAAGUAAAAGCCCAGAAAGAUUGUAAAUCCUAUAGCGUGGGUGUAGCAUAUAAAACUUUAGGCAAAUUUGAUCAGUUAGGAAAGACAAACACUAGUUGGUGCAUUCACGUCAACAGCUGGUUACAGAACACAUUUGCAGCCAAGCAUAAUAAUAAAGUGAAAGCUUUGGAUGUUCCUGUUCCUGAGAAAAUAGGUGUGUUUUGUGACUUUGAUGGGGGUCAGCUUUCAUUUUAUGAUGCACACUCAAAGCAGUUGCUGUAUUCCUUCAAGACAAAAUUUACUCAGCCAGUAGUACCUGGUUUCAUGGUUUGGUGUGGUGGACUUUCCUUGAGUACUGGAAUGCAGGUUCCAAGCGCUGUGAGGACACUUCAGAAAAGUGAAAAUGGAAUGACUGGUUCGACAAGCAGCCUGAAUAAUGUCACUCAGUAAUGGCAACUCAGACUGUGAGGCCUUUCCCAUACAGUUACUAACAGAUAUUUCUGAGUGGUGGAAAUCAGGUUUUCUGUGUUCUGCUUUAAAGCCUGGAAUCUGUUAGAUUAACUACCAAAGGAAGCAGCCACGGGGGGGUUAUUGCUGUGUCCCAGAAUCAAGCAGCUGUGCUGCAGGAGGCUGACACAGUGAUAUCUGCAUAGUAAAUAGGAAAGGAGCAGUGUUGAAAUAUUUAUGUAGAAAGCCAUUUUUCUGUUUCUUAAGCUACUCUGGCUUGUCUAGUAGAUACAAUUACAUCUGGGGAGCCCUGGGCCUGGGUCGCAAAGCUUUUAAAGCUUGCCUUUCCUCCUGUCCUUGUUAUGUUUCUUUCUGCUCACUGCCUGUCAUUAAGUCCUACACUGAGGCUUUAAAAACACAAGGUCCCCCAAGGCUUCCUAGAAAUUGAAAUCUUUGUCUAGGGGUGUCAGAGAAAGUGUCCUAUGGUGGCUUAUUUUAUUCUUUUAUAAAUAAGGUGAGCUUUUGAUAGGGUAACUUAUGUAUUGACUAGAUUCAUACCACUUUCUCCUCUAAAAUAUUGUGGUAUUUUUUAUAGUUAUAAUUCAGAAUAUCGAGCAGAUAAAGAAUUUAGGCAAUGCAAGGGAGUAUUCUUGUGCAUUUGUGCUGAGUCAUUCUGUCCACUCCUCUAUGCGGCUCCUGGGCACCACCUGAGAAACCGUGCUGAGUUUGUUCUCCGCUUUAACCCCACCUUUAUAGCUGUCUUUGUAUCUUUCAUAAAACUUCCACUUGAAUUUGGCACUGAUAAUAAUUAUUGCUUAUGGAAGUUUGUGAAUUGUUCUUUAUAAAGGGUAAAAAGUUGUUGUAUAUUAUUGAUUUUUUUUUGUCUGUGAAAGAUUAUAAAGAAAUGUGCCUAAAGUAUUCUCUUCUGGAAUAAGUUAUAUAUGUUCUUUUACAAAGAAAUGAAUUGGUUUAACCAGCUGUUUAAAAAAAUACAUGUGUCCUACUUAAUUGGUAUAUGUGUUCUUCAAACAAUCAUUUGAGGGUUUUUUUUGGUUUUGAUUUGGUUUUUGUUUCUUUAUGGUGCAUUCACUCACUGUUUAAAAGUUUAUGAUUCUUCCAAAAAUGAACAUAGUUUUCUUUUUCCCAAAUCUGAAGGAAUGUGUGAAGCAGUGAGUAAAACCUGUAGUUAUUAACAGAAAAACCUUUUAUUACAAAGUUGAUUAAGACCUUUCACUCAAGGUUUUUGAGCCAAACUAGAAGUUGAAAUUGUUAAACUGCUUUCAGAACUUUAAAUGAAUGUUUGACUUUUGAUUAAUCUUUGAGGCUUUUCAAUCUCUUCUUGUUUUAAGUUUCUUGGGAUUCUGACAAACUUCCCUGGAGAAGUGUUCAUUUUUGUUUUCUUUGUGUAGCUUGUAGGAUCAUAACAAGUAUUUGCUCUUAAAAUGUACUGCUUACUUGACAUGAUUAUUUUUGUUCUGUUGAUGAAACAAAUUUGACAUAGGAUAUUAUUUUUCAUAUAACAAAUAUCUACAUUAUUGUCUGAUAACACACUGGUAGUUUUUAAGACUAAAGCAGUUUAUAGAAUGAAGUAUAUCAAUAUUCUUUUGGUUCCCCGAAGCAAUAUUUUACUUUUCAUUUAUUAUAGUUUGAAAGACAUUUUUCCACUCUUCCACUACCUACAGAAAUAGUAUUUCAUGCCCUAGGGAAAAGGAACUACUCCUUUUUGUAGACUCUACCUGAAAGCAGUGAUUUACUGGAAUUGCUUUGUGUGGCUACUAAGUUUAUUUUGUCAAAAAUGACAUGGAAAAAGCCAGCUGUUCUUGUAUAGAACUUUUCAUUAUGAUAUUAUAUCUUGCAUAGUUGAAUCUUCUCAUUUAUACAGUGCCUUUUUCUCAUGCUCAUUGUCUACUGAAUAUAAGGCAGGCAACACUGUACCAUAGAGGUGAGGACCUUCUGCUGAGGCCAGAGGAGCACAUGUGCUUCCUCCUUGUCCUCAUCCCGUCACUGAGACCUUCAUCUACAGUUUCCAAACAGUCACUGGAAAAUGCACGACUGUUGCUGGGAAGGUUUUAUUUCUCAGCAGGUUUUAGAACGAAGUAUAAAGUCAGUGAAUAAGAGUCUCAAGUUCUUAUCAUGUGAUAUUAGGUACUAAUUAUAUCCUCAUUGCUUUAAAAUAAACAUCAGGGUCUCUUUUUAAGAAUGAACAAAUCUGUAGUAUUUUAAUUUAAAAAUCUUAAAUUUAUUAUGUUAAAUUGAAUUUUGUCAACCCUUUUUAAAUUAAAAUAAUUGAAUAGAGUGCCUAGUUAAAUCAUCUCAAAACAAGAUUAACUAUUAACUUGAUCAUAAUAUGUAACAUUUUUUUAACAUUAGGUUGGAAUGACUGAGCUUCUCUACUCAGCUCAGUCUGCUGUGGAAAGCUUGCAAGCCUUCUCCAGCAUUCUUCAUUGCUCUAUAUCUGCUUGCACAGCUUGAACAUGACUGCUUUUAAUGAAGGAAACAUAGGAGAGGUGGACUGUAAGGGAUAUAUCACCGGUGUGAAGAACUGUUUCAUAAAAUAUGUAUUAAGUAUUGUAUUUCCCUCUUAGCAGUUGAAUUCCAAACCAGUUUCAUUUAGCUGGAAAUAGACAGGAAGGAGCUGCCUUAUGCACUUUAGAAAAGAAUUUGCUACAAUUCAUUUGACUCAGCUGAUUGUGUCACAUCUUUUAAAUACUGGGAAAUAUGUAUAUACCAAGUAUUUAAUGACUAAUGCACAUAGAAAUUUAAUAUACAGAGAUCUUUUGAAUGUUCCAGGUAUGGGCUUUUUAAAAAGUGUUAGAGUGUCUGUCUGUCUGUACGUUUAAUUGAUAGCUCCUCUAACAUGUGUCAGUAAACUGCUGGACAGCCAGGCUGGGCUUUCUCACUCUGUUUUGAAGAUAUUCUGUUCUGAAUAUCCUAAAAAACUCAAACCAUCAACAAUAUUAUGUAUAAUUUGAACUUCCAUGAUUGAUCCUCGAUAUAAAUAAUAAAAGAAAAUAUUUAUGAUGAAAUAUUUUAGGUCAGUUUCCUAGAAUUACCUAGUUUUUUCUAUAUGAAAUUUUUUCCAUGAAAUUAUAGCUAUUUAUGUAUUUGCAGUUGUUUCUUUCAAAAACAAGUUUUAAAAAUUGGAAAGGGAUAUAUAUUGGAAGUGAUUACUCCAAAGAAUAUUAAUCUUAAAGGAAGACAGUAUAGACGUCUUACCAUGAAAUACAUUACUCUAGGCUAAGAUUUCAACUGUUUUAGUCAUAGAUUUUUAGCAUCUUUGUUAGAUCAGCAUAUAAUUCACAUAUCAGUACUUAAGUUUUUUAUGAUGUAGCAUCAAUUUUAUUACUUUCUGUCUAGGUUUCCAAAAGUAGUAGAGUUUAAUUCAUCAUAUGAACCACAUUCUGCUACUUUUGAUUUGAUAGUCUUGAUCUAAAAAUAAUGUUUUGUUAAUAUGUCACUAAAUUUCUAAAAACUGUAUUCAUGGGCUGGUGAGAUGGCUCACCACAGAAGCACUUGCUGCCAGCAGGAUGGCUGGAGUUUGUUCCCUGGGACCCAAAUAAAAGGGGAGAUUUACCUCCUGUAAGUUGUCUUUUGACCUACACGGAUGCCCGCCCACACACACAUACACACACACACACACACACACACACACACAAAUUAUUUUUAAAGUACAUUUGUUGUAGCAAAUAUAAAAAUAACUAUCAAAUUAACUACACAUAGUAAUACUUCACUUUUAUAGUGUAAGAAAAAGUUUGGAAAAGUUUCUUUCCUUGUUUUAUUUUUACAUCAUAUUUAGAGGUAAGCAUGAAUUUACUCAGUAUCCACGUCACCAUAAAGUUAUUUUCAACCAAGUAUACCUUUCAUAACUCCAGCUCUCAGAAGUAGAGUAGGUAGUAAAGCUUCUCUUACAGAAAAUCAUCACAGCAGCAUUACCUCAUGUUUGGCAUUUUUUAGUUGUAUGUGUCUUGUAACAGUGUUCACAUUUGUGAUUCUGAUGUCAGUAUUGUGUUACCUGAGUGGUAUGAUUAUCUGAUUACCAUAAGAACUUUGCACCCAUUGGAAUUUCGGUGGGUUGUUUGCUGCUUUUGUUCUCAUUGGAACGUUGGACAUGCCAUAUGGUAAUAAUACUGGCUUAGUAAUCUUAUCUUGACUACCCAACCAUAUCAAAAGAGUACUUUUUUCUGGUUAAUAAUACUAGCUUUGAAACAUAAUCAUUUGAGUUAUAUUUGUUUAAAAUUACAUAUUUUCUUAGUAGUAUUCAACUUAAGUUGGUGCUUAGGAAUAAACAUGUAGAAGUUUUUGCAGUAUGUAGGGCAGAGGUCAGUGAAUGUAUUUGCUUGGCUUGGAACUUAAGAUUGAAUCAAUUUUACAAUAAAGCAAAUUGGAAGAAAUUGGCAAAAGGCAUUUUAGUAAUAAUGAAACUUUUUGAAGAGUGCAGGAUUAUGAGAAGCAUUUCUUAUUAACACUCUAAUAUCUGUAAGGUACCAAAGGACUGAGACUAAUUGAUCUUUUAAUGGAGACUCUUUGAAAUCAAAUCCAUCACUGAUUCUAUUAAGAUACAAUAGCUUAAAGUUGGGGAAUAACUUCAGGCAAAAGCUGCAAGUCUUUAAGAGUCUUGGCAUUCUUUAAGUAUUUAAACUUAAUCUCCAUAGCUGCCCCAUGCAGUAAUCUAUGACCUCUCUGAAUCACCUAUCACCCUCGGGCCUCUAUUGCCUUACUUCAAAUAUUGACCCUUGUUUUGCCUACCUCACAGGGCUGUUGUGAGGAGUGUAGUGAAAUGGACUCUGAAUUUUUCACUAAGAAUAGCUGUGUUUGGAUACUUGUAAAUUGCUGUUUAGUUAGAAAAAGCACGUUAAGUUGGUAUAAGUGGUGAUUUUUAAGUGAUUUUUAAAAAUAAGACCACCUUCAAAAUAUCCUCUAGUAUCAAUUUACUUUGUGCAUGAUUGUUUUCAUAUUUCUCAUCAACUACACAACUUUUCUGAGUUAUAAAGUCUACUGCAGCAUUCAUGUGUAGAGGGGAAGCCUAUGUAAGCAAAUUGCUUCAACUCCUUUUCCACCAGGAGUUUGCACUUGCAUUUAGAAUAGCUGAUGACCCAUGCAGAGUGAAUUUGGCUGAAAUAACUUUCCAACAACCAAAUGGUUCAACAAUUUGUUGCAUUUGACAAAUAUUCAUCAACUUUUAUUUAAAAAGAAACAUUUCAAAACCUUGUUCAUUAACCUUAUAUCAAUUAUUAUCUGUCUGGACAUAGUUUUGUUGCUCUCAAUUGGAUGUAUUAAGUGGUUUACAAGUUAUCCUACUCCACAUGAUUUUGACAUGUUUGUUAUCUGGACAUGAUUUUGCUAUACAGUCAUGAUAAUAAAAAUUCCAGCUCCUCAGGUCUAGCCUCUUAAGUUGUGGAUGAAGACUAUUUAAAGUGCACAUGAUGUAUUCAGCGCUGCGAGUAUUUGAAAUGAGCACACUGCCUCAUUUUCCUUACCAACAAGACAAAGCCUUUUAAAUGAUUUUUUUAAACUUUAAAAAUGGUUAUUCAAAGUGUAGCAACUUGUAUGUUGAAAUGAUUGUAUGUUCUGUAUAAAAUAUUCCGUUUGAGGUUUUUACGAAAGCACCUGUAUUAUCCCCAUCUAAAAAUUAAAUCUUUUUUUUUUUGCUUU